UCCCAUUUUUUAUGUCGAAGAUACCUUGCUUGUCAUCAUGAAGGUAUUGGAGGUUCCGUUUCUGAAGUUUUUAUUAUUCUUGGUCAGAGGUUACGCUGAAACAUAACUUCAUGCAUCGGAAUAUAGUUUUUUUUUUCUUUUUGAAACUGGUAAAGAUUGCAUUCCUCAACAUUAAGGAUAUGUUGGCAACCUUCAAAAAGGGACCAAGGAAGAAAAAUAAAAAAGAGAUUACUUACAGAGAGCCUAACAAAUCUACAAGUUCUGAGUCCUCAAUUUCUUUCUCUUUACACCAAAAACAAAAAGAUACAUACAAUUCCAUUUAACUUUGUGAAUGGAAUUAGAUAUAUCUUCAAAGCUUCUGCUAUUUCUCUUCCUCCAUACAGUCCACCAGACACACUGUGGGAUGAUUCUCCAUCAUCUCUUCUGGCUCUUGGUUUCUCCUCUUCUAAUCUAGCAACUCAAUAAUCUGCAGUGUGCUCAAGAUCCAUUUUGUGUUUGUGAGUGUAAAAAAAAAAAGCCCAUAACUGUGCUGUGAAUUUACAAUGCAGAAAAAAGACGGUUGUUGGUCUCCUCUGUUUUCUACACAUAGUUGACAUCUGGAAACAAUAAUUUGCCCCUUUUUCUGCAGAAUUUCCUAUGUCAAGCAAGCGCUUCUGUCUACCAACCAUAUAAAGUAUUUUACUUUUGUUGGUGCUAUGUUCUUCCAAACAUUGUUCCACAACAAUAGUUGGUUUUUGUUUUGUUGUGCAUUGCCUAUUUCAUAAGCCCUUUUAAGUGAAAAACUCCCAUCCUUGCUAUGUUUCCAUCUUAGAAAAUCUGCAACUGAGGAAGUGUCUGUGAAUCCCUCUAGUUCAUGUAGCAUGCUGGCCACCCUGUUUACUUCCCAAUCAUUCAAAUGCCUUCUAAAGGAUAAAUUUCACCCCUGAGCAGUCCAACACUCAUAGACAGCUGCCUCAGGAUUGUUGCAUCUUCUGAAUAAAUCAUGAGGUCUGGUUGUUCUAUGCAUCUCUCCAAAACUCUGUUUCUCUACCAUCCCCCACUUUUAUAUCCAUGUUUCCUGCUAGUGUAGGCCAAAGAUCCCUGAUUGUUCUCCACACCCCAACACCAUAUUAUUGCUGGCAUCACUCAUCCAAGGGUUAAGCUCACCAUAUUUGCAUUUGAUAACAUCAUUCCAUAAAGCUUGGCCUCCUUCACUAUACCUUCAUAGCCAUUUCAUCAAGAGACUUUUGUUCUGUCUCUUGAGGUUUCUGAUGCCCAUUCCUCCCAAAUGUCUACUAUUCAAAGUUGUAUCCCAUUUCACCAGAUUAUAUCCCCUAUUGUCUUUGCAACCAUGCCAUAACAAAUCCCUCCUAAAUUUGUCCAACCUCUUCAGAACCUUAGAAGGUAAAGGAAACAAGGACACAACAUAGGUAAGUAAAGAGUCCAAGAUAGUAUGCGGGUCAGUCUUCCUCCCAGAGAUUAUUAUUGAGUCUUCCACCUCGUCAAUCUGUUUUCUGCCUUCUCUACAAUGCCAUCCUAUUUCAUUGGCUUUUAUGUUUGUUGCCUGAUGGCAUGCCCAAAUAAACUGUAGGCAAGUGCUACACAUUGCAACCCAGUAUCUUUGUCUAACUAUGUAAAUUGACCACUUUCUUAAUUGGAAACAAAUUGCUUAUCCCCCAUUCACUUUGAAACCUGAAGUGGCCUCAAAUAACAGAAGUAUCAAUCUGAUGUAUUUUAUCUAUUCCUCUAUAGGUUUGCAAAAAAUAAUUGUAUCACCAGCAUAAAACAGAUGACAAAUCUCCUUAGUUUGUCCUCUAUCACCUCCUAUUUGGAAGCCUCUGAUCCAAUUGUUUUGUAAUGCUACUUUCAUCAUACUGUCAAAUCUUUCCAUCGCCAAAAUAAAGAGAAAGGGAGAUAAGGGGUCUCCCUGUCUCAAUCCCCUUCGUGACAGGAGGAAUCCAACUUGUUCACCAUUCACAAGAACAGAGAAUAUAACUGUACUGAUGCAAAACCUAAUCCAUCCCCAACCAUUUCUCUUCAAUGGAAUAUAGUUGUUUUAUGUUGAUUUGGAUGGACAUAUCGUGAAAAUUAGACCAUAAAAGUUUUCUGAAAACUUUGAUCUUCUGCAAUCAAUCAAAUUUUUGUGAGUUAUUGUAUUUUAGUGUCUAGCUACCAUCUUUCUGAAAUCCUUAUGAUAGAAAUUGGUCAAUUUGAAUAGCCUCUGAGGUUUAAUUCAAAGGUUAAGGGACUUGUGACCUAAAUCACAAGUUUAUGCCCUGUACCAUGUGAACAAACCCUGGUAUUUAAAUGCAAAAGGGUAAAGGGUGGACCCAUUAUACUCGAGUUUUGAAAGUUGCGGUUGAUCUUGAGGGUUGGAAUGUCAACUACCUACCAAUCUCUAAAAGCUAGUUGUCUUAUGUAGUUUUAUAGUUGGGUUUAUAUGUACCCAAUAAAUUCCCCUGUUACCUUCUCACUAGCUCUCGACUAGAUAUAUAUGGGAGCUGAUAAGUUCUUUUUUUGCUACUCUACAUUUGUAACUAUUAUGCAUCCACAUGUGGCAUGCCAUCAAUGCAUUGUUUACUUCAUAAAAAAGAAGAAGCAGAAGAGACGGUGGAGAUUAGUUCCAUCAUGCAUCUGAUGGUCAGUCUGGUUGGAAAGAAAUGGUUGAUGCUUUGAAGACAGGUUCAUAGAGUUUCCCAAGCUGAUGUGAAGACCCAGAUUAUUUUUAAUUGCCAAAUGGGACGUGGGAGAACAACGACAGGAAUGGUGAUUGCUACAUUGGUGUACCUUAAUCGUAUCGGGGCUUCUGGAAUUCCGAGGAGCAAUUCCAUUGGCAGAGUUUCUGACUGCAUCUCCAAUCUGAAUGACACAUUAGCAAACUCAGAGGAGGCAAUCCGUAGAGGGGAAUAUACUGUAAUUAGAAGCUUGAUUCGAGUAUUAGAGGGUGGUGUCGAAGGCAAAAGACAAGUGGAUAAGGUCAUAGACAAAUGUUCCUCUAUGCAGAACCUACGUGAAGCUAUUGCCAUAUAUCGCAAUAGCAUUUUGCGCCAACCUGAUGAGAUGAAGAGAGAGGCAGCACUUUCAUUUUUUGUGGAGUACCUAGAAAGAUAUUACUUCCUCAUAUGUUUUGCUGUAUAUCUCCAUACACAACGAGAUGCACUUUUUGCUGGGUCCUCUGCUCAUUGCAGCUUUAGUGAUUGGAUGAAAGCAAGACCGGAGUUAUAUAGUAUAAUCCGCAGGUUGCUAAGGAGAGACCCAAUGGGAGCACUUGGCUAUGUGAGCCUGGAACCUUCUCUUGCUAAAUUAGUUGACUCUACUGAUGAUCGCCCUUCUGAGAUGGGGCAAGUAGCUGCUUUGAGGAACGGAGAGGUUCUCGGACCGCAAACUGUUCUUAAGAGUGACCACUGCCCUGGCUGUCAACAUCCUGGCUUGCCAGAAAUAUUAGAAGGUGCUCCUAACUUUAGAGAAAUUCCAGGAUUUCCUGUAUAUGGUGUUGCAAAUCCAACUGUCAGUGGGAUUCGAUCUGUAAUUCAAAGGAUUGGUAGCUCCAAAGGUGGGCGUCCAGUUUUCUGGCACAAUAUGAGAGAAGAACCUGUUAUCUACAUCAACGGAAAACCAUUUGUACUCCGUGAGGUUGAAAGGCCCUAUAAAAAUAUGCUUGAAUACACGGGCAUCGAUCGUGAAAGAGUAGAAAAAAUGGAAGCUAGAUUAAAGGAUGACAUUAUGCGAGAAGCUGAACGUUAUCAAGGAGCAAUAAUGGUUAUUCAUGAAACUGAUGACGGUCAAAUAUUUGAUGCUUGGGAACAUGUGAGCUCUGAUGCAGUUCAAACUCCUGUGGAGGUCUUUAAGUGCUUGGAGGCUGAUGGUUUUCCUAUAAAGUAUGCUCGUGUUCCUAUCACUGAUGGCAAAGCUCCCCGAAGUUCUGACUUCGAUGUAUUGUCUUUUAAUAUAGCAUCUGCUUCCAAGGAUACUGCUUUUGUCUUUAAUUGCCAGAUGGGUAUAGGGAGGACUACUACUGGAACUGUAACUGCAUGCCUUUUGAAAUUACGUAUUGAUUGUGGGAGACCAAUUAGAGUAUUGCAUGAUGCAUCAAAUCCUGAUUUAGGUGGUGAUAUGUCAAGCGGUGAUGAAAGUGAAGGCCAAUCCCAUCCACCUGCACCUUUAGUAUUGAAAAGUAGACCUCAAACACACACGAAUGAUGCAUUUGGGAUAAAUGACAUCCUGUUGCUCUGGAAAAUAACAAGAUUGUUUGAUAAUGGGGUGGAAUGCCGAGAGGCCUUAGAUGCCAUUAUUGAUCGAUGUUCAGCUCUGCAGAACAUACGCCAAGCAGUCUUGCAAUACAGGAAGUUGUUUAAUCAGCAGCAUAAUGAGCCUAGAGAAAGAAGGGUAGCACUAAAUCGUGGUGCUGAAUACUUGGAACGAUAUUUUCGUUUGAUUGCUUUUGCUGCAUAUCUUGGUAGCGAAGCAUUUGAUGGAUUUUGUGGACAAGGAGAAUCGAGGAUGACAUUCAAAGAUUGGCUGCACCAGAGGCCAGAGGUUCAAGCAAUGAAGUGGUCAAUCAGAUUACGGCCUGGGAGAUUCUUUACCAUCCCGGAGGAACUAAGAGCUGCACAUGAGUCACAACAUGGAGAUGCUGUUAUGGAAGCUAUUGUGAAAGAUCGGAAUGGCUCUGUUCUUGGUAAAGGGUCUAUUCUCAAGAUGUACUUCUUUCCUGGCCAAAGAACUUCCAGUCACAUACAAAUUCAUGGUGCUCCUCAUGUUUACAGGGUUGAUGGAUACCCCAUUUAUAGCAUGGCAACACCUACAAUUGCUGGUGCAAAGGAGAUGUUGACUUACCUUGGUGCAAACCAGACGUCAAAAGAAAGAUUUGCUAAAAGAGUAAUUUUAACUGAUCUAAGAGAAGAGGCUGUUGUUUAUAUUAAUGGAACACCCUUUGUUCUUAGAGAAUUGAACAAGCCUGUUGAAUCCUUGAAGCAUGUUGGAAUCACUGGUUCAUUGGUGGAACACUUGGAGGCACGGUUAAAAGAUGACAUUCAAUGUGAGAUUAGACAAUCUGGUGGUAGGAUGCUUCUGCAUCGUGAAGAGUUUAACCCGACUUCAAAUCAAGUUAGUAUCAUUGGAUAUUGGGAAAACAUAUUUGUGGAUGAUGUUAAGACUCCUGCUGAGGUAUAUGCAAGCCUGAAGUAUGAAGGGUAUGACAUAAUCUAUAGGAGGAUACCGUUGACUAGAGAGAAAGAUGCCCUGUCUUCCGAUAUUGAUGCUAUCCAAUACUGUAAAGACGACGCUGCAGGAUCUUACCUUUUUGUAUCACACACAGGAUUUGGAGGGAUUGCUUAUGCAAUGGCUAUUAUUUGUUUAAGGCUUGAAGCUGAGGUUAAAUUGUCAUUGGAUAUUCAUCGACCAUUUGAAAGUACUGGUCUUCCUUGUUCACCUCUAGAGAAUUUCAAUGUUCAGAUUUCUGAUGAAGAGGCACAGAAAAUGGGUGACUAUCGGGACAUAUUAAGCCUCACUAGGGUUCUUGUGCACGGCCCCGAGAGCAAGACAGACGUUGACGCUGUGAUAGAAAGGUGUGCAGGUGCAGGUCAUUUAGGAGAAGAUAUAGUUCAAUAUUCACAGGAGCUGGAAAGGAAAUUAGAUGACGAUGAAGAACGUCGAGCAUAUCUCAUGGAUAUGGGCAUUAGAGCUUUAAGGCGAUAUUUUUUCCUGAUCACAUUUAGAUCCUAUCUCUACAGCAGUUCUCCAGCUGAGUUAACAUUCAAAGAAUGGAUGGAUGCAAGACCUGAACUUGGCCACCUAUGUAAUAACCUUAGAAUCUGACAUAUAGUGAGGAUAGGGUCAACACAUGGCUCUCUGUGUGCAUACCUAAAAACACAAAGGGAUGUGGAAUAAAGUUGACCAAAUUGAGAAAUUGCUGAUACUAGAAUCAAAAAAGUUAGGAGCUGAUAGCUAUAGCAUUUAAAUUCGUUCAGAACAUAGAUGCCGUGCUGCAGCCAAGCAAAGAGGAAGCAAGACUGUGGCAAUUGAAAGAGCUAUUGUCAUUUGUAAAUCGAGGAAACAAAAACUUCGUAGGUGUAAGUUGCUAGUUAAAGGUAUAUUUCAGUACUCAAGUUGUCAACAAACUGUAAAGCUGCUUCUGAACGAUGUAUGUGUAUAUUAACUUUUCCUGUGAAAACUUAUAGAAAUAUAUAGCAGUCUUCAAGUU